GUCGUCUUCAUUUAUGAGCAAACUGCGAGGUGGAUCCUGAGCUGCCGUUUGAUUUCACUGACACACUCACUAUUACAUUGGACAAUGCUGCGAGUCAGGUGUCUGAGAGGAGGUAGCAGGGGGGCCGAGGCUGCCCAUCUGAUCGGAGCCAUGCUUGGCCGGGCGGUGACUGGAUGGGUGCAGAGGGCCUCCCAGAGCACAUCAAGUGCAGCUGCUGCACAGCCGCAGCGUGCAGUUGACGAGGAACAUGUUACUGAGCCCAUGCAGGAGGAAUGUCCUGUCUGCAGCUACAAUGAAUGGGACCCUCUGGAGGAGGUGAUCGUGGGCCGUGCUGAAAACGCCCAUGUGCCUCCCUUCAGUGUGGAAGUUAAAGCUAACACAUAUGAUAAGUAUUGGCCCUUCUACAGUAAGUAUGGGGGCCAGUCUUUUCCUGAGGACCACUUGAAGAAAGCUGUUGCCGAGAUUGAAGAAAUGUGCAAUAUUCUGCGUCAGGAGGGCGUCGUUGUGAGGAGGCCAGAACCCCUCGACUGGUCCAUGGAAUACAAAACUCCAGACUUCACAUCAUCAGGCAUGUACGCUGCCAUGCCCAGAGACAUCCUUAUGGUUGUGGGAAAUGAGAUUAUUGAGGCUCCCAUGGCCUGGAGGGCUCGUUUCUUUGAGUACCGAGCCUACAGACCUUUAAUCAAGGAGUACUUCAGAAAAGGUGCUAAAUGGACCACUGCUCCUAAACCCACUAUGGCCAAUGAUCUGUACGAUCAGAACUACCCCAUGCGCACUGUGGAGGACAGACACAAGCUGGCCGCCCAGGGGAAGUUUGUGACCACAGAGCACGAGCCCUGCUUUGAUGCUGCUGAUUUCAUCCGAGCUGGGAGGGAUCUGUUUGUUCAGAGGAGUCAGGUUACAAAUUACAUGGGAAUUGAGUGGAUGCGUCGUCAUCUGGCCCCAGACUACAAGGUCCACAUAAUCUCAUUCAAGGACCCUAACCCCAUGCACAUUGAUGCCACUUUUAACAUAAUUGGGCCAGGACUGGUGCUGUCAAACCCUGAUCGUCCAUGUAACCAGGUCGACAUGUUCAAGAAGGCCGGCUGGACAAUUGUGAAACCUCCAACACCUCUGAUCCCUGAUGACCACCCACUGUGGAUGUCCUCCAAAUGGCUGUCCAUGAAUGUCCUGAUGCUGGAUGAAAAGCGUGUUAUGGUUGACGCCAAUGAAAGCACCAUUCACAAAAUGUUUGAAAGUCUUGGUAUCAAGACCAUAAAGGUGAGCAUUCGCCAUGCCAAUUCCUUGGGUGGUGGCUUCCACUGCUGGACAACCGAUGUCCGCCGCCGUGGUACCCUGCAGUCCUAUUUCCACUAGCCUUGCCAGAAAUAGGCAGUUUUUAUUGAGCUUUGAAGAUGAAAGCCUCAAUCCUAAAUCUUAAUACCACUUUAAUUGUUAUUGUCAGUGAAUCACGUACGUACACACAGACUAAUUAAGGGUGGAGCUUUGUGAUACAAAAAUCUACUGGUGGCAAAUUUCUAUCUCAAAAACUAUACACUGAAAUUUGGGUGUUUGGGUGCUGCAGUUCAAAGUCAAAUCUCUGAGCAUUUUACUCUCCUAACCUGGAUGAAACAAACUGAUAAUGGGGCAAUCUUAUCAUGACGGUUGGCACCAAACUCCUUUUCUGGAUUGGGUCUUAAUGUCCUAAAUGAACAUGUAUGAAUUGUUUUGAUUUGACAUUGCUGUGCAUCAGAGUGCCUUUGCAAACAGCUUUGUUCAGAUAUAUAUGUAUAUGCUCAAUAGCAACAAAUGAACAUCACUUUACUUCAAUUAGUAAUCUCAAUAUUAACUGCAUUUCUGGCCUGGCUAUUGUGAAGCUGAAUUGUUUAUGACUUCUACAUCUAAAAGUCGUAACUUCGAGGACAAGGUACAAUUUGGUAUGUAAAACAAGGGCACAGGAGGAGGAAAAAAAAGCCUCCUCAUUAAAAAGUCAGAAACCGUAAUUCUAUUUCCAAAGUAUUUUUAUAUUUAAAGAAAUGUAUAAAAGUUUUUAUGUAGGUCAUUAAACAAUAUUAAUUUCUUGCUGGUAUAUUAUUUUGUAAAGAUUUUAAUUAAUUGAGAAGACAAAGGUUUAUAAAUAUUUUUCAUACUCUUCAUUGGAUUUCCCGACAAAUAGAUGUUUUUAUAUAUUUACUUAAAAAGUAUGCGGUCCAUAUCAGAUAUUGUAUACCUUUUGCCUCUGCUGUUUUCUCCUAUUGCAAAUCUGGGCCAGUUACAUGCUACUAGUUGUUCUCACUGCUUGGCUGCUUUUGUGUGGAAAGCAAAAAAUGCCUAAAGAAUGAAAGGUGUUUUGUUGUGAAGAUUUAUGUUUUAUAAUUCUUUUGCUGCCUUAACAGUUGGAUAUAAGAUGUUUACCUCUUCAAGUCUAUCUUGAUAUUGCUUUUGAAACAAUGAACUCAAAGGACGUUAUGGCUCAACAGAGGAAUGCAAGUGAUGUUUUGUAUUAAGCAACAUUUUUAAAUGUAAUUAAAAAGAGUUGUGUGUCA